AUGUGGAAAUACAAGCGCGACCUUGUUGCACCAUACAUCUGCAGCCACCUGUGGCCGUAUUUCUUUGAAAUCGAGGGUGACCGUGGGGCCCCAAGUGGUGUAAAUUUCGGUCCGACAGCCUGUCGAAAACGCCUCAAAGGAGGACACACAGAGGCCGACUGUAAAAAAUCGGUGAAAUGUUUUUAUUGUAAAAAAUCACAUAUCACAAAAUCACAUAACAGCGCACUCUGCGACAAUAGACGACAGUUCAAGCAAGCUGAACAUAUUCCCAAAUCAGAAAAUAAUGAAACUGCUAUCAUCAACACGAUCAACGAAGGAGAGAAAAAAGUUUUACUUUUAUGUGAAAAAGUUAUUGUCUAUAAUCCCGAAAAUUCAGAACAUUGUUUUGAAGAAAUUCUAGUGUUAUUUGAUAUUGGUUCACAAUUAAAUUUUGUACAUAGAGAAUUGGCAAAUCGUUUAGAACUUGAAGAAAUGGAACUAACAGAAUUAAAUAAAUCUACCUUUGGAACUAGAUAUCACACGGUACUUCCCACAAUGAAGACAUUAACUGAAAUAAGAAAUAAGGACAAGGAGAGAACAGUUGGGAAGUGA